CGAGUAUCCAUCCUCGGCACCACUCUCUCUAUAGAAAUACACGAGCAGAUAAAUCAGCAUACGAGUCUUUCUGCUCAAGCUCGCCCCACCGAGAUCCGAGCAAAUAUGGCGGCAGCGCCGUCCAACCCGCUUCUUGCAAGCACCACGCCCUCAGAUACCAGUCCUGAGAUCCAGCUACAUCCGCUUGUUAUUCUUACAAUCUCCGACACCGUCGCGCGGCGCACCAUACGAAAGCAAACUGGCCCAAUAGCUGGCGCAAUACUAGGCCAGCAGAAUGGACGUCAGAUCACCAUGGAGGUUGCCUUCGAUAGCAAAGUCGAGGUGGGGCCGGACGGCCAAGUGCAAUUCGACAGCAAGUGGUUCGAGGACCGGUUACAGAUGUAUAAAGAAGUGUACAAAAACCCACAGCUUGACUUGGUCGGCUGGUGGACAUUGGGUGCGGCGGCAGGCCCCGAGCAGCGACAUCUACCAGCGCAAAUGCAGAUCCAAACAGAGUACAGCCUGGAAUCAGCGCCGCUCCUCCUGUUCCAUCCAGAGAUGGUUGAAGUCUCUAGUGGCACCGAAGGAAAGCUGCCCCUCACAAUCUACGAGACGGUCUGGACCAGCGACAACAACGGCAUGGACGUUGAUGGUGGAGAACGCAACCACAACCUGAAAUAUCGUGAAGUCCGAUACACAAUAGAGACUAGCGAGGCAGAAAUGAUCAGUGUGGAUUUCGUGGCUCGGGGUGGAGGUAAUGCCACAGCGGUGGAUACUUCGUUCUCGAAGGUACACAACGCAGGGGACGCCAACAGCAAGGCAUCAGCGGCAGCCGGGGCCAAGGGCAAAUCCAAAGACGACUCCGCAGAGACACAGAAGAAUGGAAUAUCACGCGAAGCAUUUCACCUCACGACUGAGGAAGACGAGCUCCUCGCCACCCUGACCGCCAAAGCAAGCGCAAUCAAGAUGUUGCAAUCGCGGCUCAACCUGCUGACUGCGUACCUCAAAAACCUACCUCCCAGCUACCUUUCCGACGCUUCUAUACCGCUGGACCCCUCCAAAGGCCUCGAGCUAAACCACCCUUUGCUCCGCUCCAUCAACGCGUUACUCGCACGUCUUCCGCUUCUAACGCCGCCAGAUACUGUCAGCUUCACUCGAGAAUCCGAACAGACAGCCUCAGAUGUUGAGCUUGUCUCUCUACUGUCGAGCCUGACAAGAACAGUUCAAGACGCGAAGGAGUUGGGGAGGAAAUGGAAUCUAGCCGAGCCGAGGAAGUCUCGCGCCGGCCCCGUAGGGGGAGGUUUUGGAGCGAGCGCGCUGUCCGAAUUCAUCGAUGAGGAAGCUAGUGGAGUGGGCAUGGUCGGCGGCUUCUGAGGCUGAUAGACAUCGCCGGAGAGGGCUGAACUUUGGAGAGCCCGGAACACCUAAUUGAAAGUAGUCUCAUGACACGACACGAUUCACGACGUCAACGUCGAUUUUGAACACUCGGACGAUCUCCGGAUCAAAGCAUGCUGAGGCCUUGAAUAACUGCGGGAUUGUGUUGAUUGAAGAUUAGCGCUGCAUUACAUGGUGUGGAUGUGUGAAAAUAGCACUAGCCGUUGAUUAUGCUACAUCAGACACAGUCGUCCCUCGUAGUUUGGGGGCCCGGAGUGUUAGGCAGUGACGAGACUCUCAGUCUUUUACAAUGCAAAGCACGGGAGAGUUUUUUUAAUACUUUCCAACGUCUCCCAAAGAUCCUUUCCCCACCUCCAUUAAAGAACAAAAACCAAAAAAAAUAACGCCGUUCGAAAUGCAAACAUUGCUUUCAGCUUCGUAUUCAUAGUCAUACAUACGAG